AUGAGGACUUCUGCCAUCAAGGCCGCGCUUUUUGCGCUCGUCGGACUCACUGCUGCCGCUCCCAGACCUGGUCUACUUGGUUCACUCCUUGGAGCUGGAGGCAGCGCCCCCAUCCCUCCCUCUGAUGAUCCAUUCUACACACCACCUGCUGGCUUCGAGUCUGCAAAACCUGGUGCUAUCUUGAGAAGCCGACCAGUACCCAGCGCCCUCUCGCUGUUUCAAACCAUUCCUCUCAACUUGAAGGGUGCCUGGCAACUGCUCUACAGGACCACUGACUCGCUCGGAAACCCGGUGGCCACAAUCACUACGGUAAUGGUGCCAAAGAACGCGGAUUCAAAGAAGCUGCUCUCUUACCAGGUCGCUGAAGACAGCGGUGGUGAGAUCAACUGCGCACCAUCUUACACGCUCCAAACAAAGUCCAACACCACAUAUGCCGGAACAGGAGGUAUUGAAGCCGCCCUCAUUGCUGCCUCGCUCAACCAGGGCUGGAUCGUCAACUCGCCGGAUUGGGAGGGACCCAAGUCCACUUUCGUCGCUGGAUUUCAAGCAGGCUACGCAACUCUUGAUGGUAUUCGUGCGGCACUCGCUUCCGGCGCCACCACCGGCGUCGACUCUUCUGCAAAGGUCCAGAUGUGGGGAUACAGUGGCGGCGCUCUAGCCUCAGAGUGGGCCGCCGAACUCCAAGCCAACUACGCCCCAGAGAUCCCCUUUGUUGGCAUGGCCAUCGGCGGUGUGACUCCCAACGUCGAAAAUGUUUUCAACACCAUCAACAAGGGACUCUUCGCUGGUCUCAGUGCUGCCGGCUUCUUGGGCUUGGGAAACGCGUACCCUGAUUUCGGAAAGUACGUCCAAGACAGCCUCAAGCCAGAGAAGGCUGAUGCUUUCAACCAAGCUGGUCGCCAGUGCUUCUACGCCGACGUGAAGACGUACGCGGGACAGGAUAUCUUCACCUACUUCAAGCAAGGACAGGCGAUCUUCGAUGACCCUAUCGCGGAAAACACCAUCAGGACCGGUGCGACCAUGGGUCUCCACGGCACCCCGUCCAUGCCCAUUUUCGUGUACAAGGCCGUCAAGGACGAGAUCUCGCCCAUUGCCGACACUGAUGCGCUCGUGGACCAGUUCUGCAAGGCGGGUGUUUCUAUCACAUACGUCCGAGACUCUUUCGGCGAGCACUUCACCCAGGCGGCGACUAGCACCGGUGAUGUUCUCAACUACCUCACCGACAGGUUUAACGGUGUUCCUAUCUCGGGCUGCAGCAUCCGCAACGAGUUCUUGGAUCUUCUGGAUGCUGGCUCGCCUGGAAAGCUUGGUGUUUCGCUUGUCAUGGUUCUUCUGAACGCUUUGGGUGUUCCGCUUGGUCCUAACCACUUCUAG